GGCUUCAUUCUUUUCAUCCCUCACCAUCUCAACUUCCUCCUUUUUCUCUCCCUACCUCAGUUAUCAAUACCUAAGUACAAAAAAAGUAGAUAUAUAUGGAGAGAAGAAAUUUUCUGAGGAAUGUAGUUGGUGUUCAUGAUAAUCUUAAUCCUAAUGUCCUUGGUGUUAGACCAUAUGUAAGAUCAAAGAAGCCAAGACUUCGGUGGACCGAAGAUCUCCACUAUUGCUUCCUCCGUGCCGUCGCUAGACUUGGUGGUGAAGAUAGGGCUACACCUAAAAUGAUUUUGCAUGUGAUGGGAGUGGAUGGAAUUACUGUGUCCCAUGUCAAGAGUCAUCUCCAAAUGUAUCGAAGUGUGCGUCAAGAUUUGUUGAUUCAAGAUGCCCUAGAUGCUGCUAAGAAAAGUGGGAAUGACAUGCAAUUGAUUUCUAAGCUACCUGAACUUCUCAACCACUCUUCUCGUGCGGUAACUCGUAGGCAAACUCGCCUUCAACGAAUCAAGGGUGUACUUAUUAAAAACGCCCUUGACAAGCAUUUUCCUAAUGAUGUCCUAAUGCCGCAACUUCCACCGUUGCCACCGCUGACGCUACCAAAACGUGUUGCGCGUAAGAAUAGUCAACAACAAGCUAAAAUGAACGAUCAAGCCUAUAUGAUGUUUAGUGAUCUUGUUAAAAAUUCCAUCUCUACUGCUACACAGGUAAAUGCAGCCAAGGGAAAAGAGAAAAUAAUAUACUGUGAUGAUCCUUCAACUAGUACUAAAGAUUUACUAAGCAAUUUCAAGUCUGCUGCUUCGGAUUCAAGUCUUGAGCUCAACAUUUGCCGUUGUUCUGUCAUUCCUACAAAUGAAGACCUCUCACUAGCCCUCUCACUUUAAUGAUUAUCAUGCGCCUUAUGUUAAGGAAACUAGAACUUUCAGCUUAACAUAUAUUUGCUAGUUUUAUGUUUUUAAUUUAUGCUACAAGGCUAAAUGGAGAUCUAAUUGUCCAGCGAACAGAAAUGAGAAAUUGGUGUAUGGCCGAAACCAUGUGGAUAUAUCGAAUUUACCCCAUUCUCAUUCAUUUGUUCGCUUGAGAAUUGUUCUCCAAAUUAGUCAAACUCUUAUUUUAUCAUUAUCUAGAAUUUUUCCUUGCACUUUCUUUAUUGUUACGUUCUAUUAUCACAUAUGUUGA